UUUGAUUAAGUCAAACAAACCUACAAAAUCAAGUCCAUGAGAACUUUUUAACUUCCAAAUGUUUUUUUUUUAAUUUUACACCAAGAGAUUACUAAGCCGAAAGCAAUACCUUUAACCUUAAAUGCAGUUCAAUCUCCAAAAAGUAAAUCAUAUGAUAAAUUCAAUAAAUUAAAAUAAAUUCUAAUAAGAUUUUAUAUCAUUUUAAAAAUUAGACUUUAAGUAUAAGAACUUUAGUUAGAAGACUUUAAAUAUUUUUUAUUGGUCUUGAAUAAAAAAAUUGAGUUCUAUAUUUGAAUAAUAUGCAAAAGAAAAGAGUAAUAGAAAUUAGUGAAGUAAAAGUGUAAUUUUUGUAAUGAAAGAAACUGAAACUCCCCAAGAAACCAUCAUACUUAGGUUGUUGUAUUAACUUUAUAGCUCUAUGGGCCCUCCAGUGGUCCUCACUCCUACCUUUUCUUGAACGCAGCUACAGUCUCUGACUAUACACUGCCCUUCCAUCUUUCUCAAUUCCGUAAUAGAAUGGAGCUAAGGAGGAAGGUGAUGGAAGGUGUUCUUAAGAACAGCAAGAAUCCGAAAUUGGCGUGGCAAUUGGUGAAGCGCGUUAUGUCUUCCCCUUCCUCUGCUUCUUCCUUCGCCGAUCACACUCAGCACCUUGUCACCAUCACAACACGCAUCCUUGCAGGCGCCAACAUGCACCUUCAACUCCACGACCUCCACAAACUCCUCCUAGCCUCUCAGCCGCACCACAUUGCGCAGCCUUCCAUCCUUUCCAUGGUCCGAGUCCUCGCCCAAUGGGCUCACAUCGACGAGGCCCUCACACACUUCAAAUCCUUCAGAGCGCAAUUCCCCUCAUCCCCUCCCUCCCUCUCCUUCUACAACCUCCUCCUCCGCUCCUCCAUCCAACACAACCACCCCAACCUCGUCACGUGGCUGUACACUGACAUGAUCGCCGCACAUGUCACCCCUCAGACCUACACCUUCAACCUCCUCAUCCAGUCUCUCUGUGACUCUCGCGCCUUCGACCACGCCCUCCAGCUGUUCGACAAAAUGUCCCAAAAAGGAUGCCACCCCAACGAGUUCACUCUUGGGAUUCUGGUCCGUGGCUUGUGCCGCGCUGGUCGCGUCAAACAAGCCUUGGAGCUUGUUAACAAUAGUUAUAGCAAUAACAAUGGCAAUGACAAUAACAGUUCGUGUCAUAUUGCUAACAGAGUCGUAUACAAUACUCUGGUUUCUGCAUUUUGUAAACAGGAGCUAAAUGAUGAAGCUGAGAAACUUGUUCAGAGGAUGAGCGAGGUAGGGUUGUUGCCUGAUGUUGUUACUUUUAAUUCAAGGAUUUCUGCGCUUUGUAGAGCUGGAAAGGUUCUUGAGGCAUCGAGAAUUUUCAGAGAUAUGCAGAUGGAUGUGGAAUUGGGGCUUCCUAGACCUAAUGUUGUAACUUAUAAUUUGAUGCUUAAGGGGUUUUGUAUGCAUGGGAUGAUCGAGGAUGCAAGGGGUUUGGUUGACACCAUGAAGAAAGCUGGGAAUUUUGUCUCUUUGGAAAGUUAUAACAUAUGGUUGUUGGGUUUGCUCAGGAAUGGGGAGCUAUUGGAGGCUCGGUUAGUACUUGAUGAAAUGGCGACAAAAGGCACUGAACCGAAUGCUUACACAUAUAACAUUAUGGUGGAUGGGUUAUGCAGAAACCACAUGCUGUCAGAUGCAAGAGGGCUGAUGGAUGUGAUGAUGAGCAAUGGGGUUUACCCAAAUACAAUUACUUAUAGUACACUCCUGCAUGGAUACUGCAGUAAAGGAAAGGUUUUUGGAGCUAAACGUGUUCUUCAUGAAAUGAUAAAGAAUGGCUGUCAGCCGAAUACUUAUACCUGCAACACGUUGCUGCAUAGCCUGUGGAAAAUGGGGAGAACGCAAGAGGCAGAGAAAAUGCUGCAAAAGAUGAAUGGAAAAUCCUAUCAACCAGAUACUGUAACCUGCAACAUUGUGGUCAAUGGUCUCUCUAGAAAUGGAGAACUGGACAAGGCAAUGGAAAUUGUAAGUGAGAUGUGGACUAAUGGACCAACAUCCCUUGAUAAAGGAAACACAUUUGCCACUCUAAUUAAUUCAAUCACUAAUAUAUCAAACUGCUUGCCCGAUGGAAUCACAUACACAACUUUAAUUAAUGGACUUUGCAAAGCUGGGAGGCUAGAGGAAGCCAAAAAAAAGUUUAUUGAAAUGUUGGCAAAAAACUUGCACCCUGAUUCUGUAACUUAUGAUACAUUCAUAAGGAGUUUCUGUAAACAAGGGAAGAUAUCAUCGGCUUUUCGUGUCUUGAAGGAUAUGGAGAGAAAUGGUUGUAGCAAGACUCUUCAAACUUAUAAUGCCUUGAUCCUGGGUUUAGGAAGUAAAAAGCAAAUAUUUGAAAUAUAUGGAUUGAUGGAUGAGAUGAAAGAAAAAGGUAUAAGUCCAGAUAUUUUCACUUAUAAUAAUAUAAUAUGUUGCCUUUGCGAAGGAGGAAAAGCAAAUAAUGCCAUUUUGCUUUUACAUGAAAUGUUGGAUAAGGGCAUAUGUCCUAAUAUAUCUUCCUUCAAAAUAUUGAUUAAACCCCUCUGCAAGUCUAGUGAUUUUAAAGUAGCUUGUGAACUAUUUGAGGUAGCUUUGAGUCUAUGCGGCCACAAAGAAGCCUUGUACAGUUUGUUGUUCAAUGAAUUACUAGCUGGAGGACAACUCUCUGAAGCAAAGGAGCUAUUUGAAGCUUCGUUAGAUAGAUAUCUCACAUUGAAGAAUUUCAUGUAUAAAAAUUUGAUUGAAAGACUUUGCCAGGAUGAAAGGUUAGCAGAUGCUAGUAGCCUUCUUCAUAAAUUGAUUGAUAAGGGAUAUGGAUUCGACCAUGCAUCAUUCAUGCCAGUGAUUGAUGGCUUAAGUAAAAGAGGAAAGAAACAGAAAGUGGAUGAACUAGCAAAGAGGAUGAUGGAAUUGGCAUUAGAAGAUAGACCUGUCGAUAGGACUUAUCAAAACACAAACAGAGUCAUCCCUGGAAAACUACAUAACGAUGGAGAAAGUGACUGGAAGGACAUAGUUAACAGGGAUGGCGGAAGUGGAAUUGCACUGAAAACUCUUAAGCGUGUGCAGAAAGGCUGGGGUCAAGGAAGUAUAUCUAGUUUGCAGCAAAAUGAUUUUCUGGAUUAAAAGCGAAACAGAGCAAUUUGUAAAACAAGAGACC